UGAACAUUGAAGACAUUACGAGCUAAUAAAUUUCUAUCUUUGAUGAGCGAAGAAUCUUUGAAUUACUGUGAAAGAGCGAGAGAGAACUGAACCCACUUGUUCUGCCCUCCUCCCUAUGCCUCUUCAAUCACUCAUCCUUUUUCCCACGUGCCACACGAGUAUCGUAGGAGUUUUGUGAUCAUUUUUUAUUCGAUUGUAUGUAGUAUCCUGCUGUUUAUUUUUCUGCGCAACAAUGUCAUCUUCCUUGAGUUUUCAGAGUUGAAGCAUCUUCCCCACUCCUAAAACUUUCACCCACCCUUGUCUAUUGAAGAAACAAAUGAAAUUGUAGCUGGUGUUUUUGCCUAAAGAAAAGGCCACAAUGUAGGCAAAAUGAAUCUUCAUUUCGAGUCUCAAGAAUUUGCAUCUAUUGAGUACUUGUUGAAGGGAAGAGCCUCCCUCAUUUAGAACAAAGGGAGUUGUUUACUUCAAGAGGUAGCAGCUAGAGUUGUAAGAGACGACAAGAUGCCGUCGGCAGAUGAGGGGGCCGUGGCGCCCGGCCUCGGUAAUUUCAAGGGCGUCAUGCUCUGUAACCGCCCAGACCUUGCCGCGACGAAAACAAAGUUAAGGCUAGACCUUUCCUGCUGCAUCCUUCUAGUAGAAGAGGCUUAUCUGCUCAACAUGCAUUUUUCAAAGUGGAAGAACCAGAUCAGCAGGUGUCAUGAUGAGCUCUCCUGUACAACUAGGAUGCGACGGAGAAGUCGUUCCAUAGUUACACAAGUUAGUAGUUCUUGUUUAUCUUUUGGGCUGCUCAGACAGUUGUGUUAAAGAUGCCACUAACGUAUUGAUAUUCCAGAGUAGUUUAUAGCACGCAUGGUGCAUGGAGUAGCAUGGAGUGCAUGGAGCGCAGAGCUUUAAGGGGCGCAAGAGGCUCCCCUUUUAGCUCCAUGCUACUCCAUGUGAUCCAUGCACUCCAUGCCAUGCGAGCUGUGAAACCUUAUAAAUUGCUCUGAAUUUUUAUUCCUUCGUGGUCUUCUUCCCCUCACCAUACUCUAAUGCCAGAUCCGACAGAGCUCCCACCUUUCUACUCGCAUACACAUCCUGGGAGCCUCGAGCCCAUGGGGAUGCUGCAUCCAACAGACAUGGAUCCUCGAAAAGCGAAAGUGGAAGCCCCCGUCGCCAUGGUCAAACAUAGAAAGUGGCUUGCGCACUUGGCGGUAGGAAUUUAUCAAUGUGAAUAGGAUUUUUUUUAGGGGAUACAUUCAUUCACUUUGUAGUAGUCCUCCAUGAAGAAAUGAGUAUGAUACUUAUUUACCAGGAUCCUUGGGGCGCUCUGCCCGCCCGUCUCGCUACACCUCGCGUGCAAGAGGCGGAAAGGCAUCCUAUCCUAUCCUCUCAACAUGUCGACGCGCGUAAGUAUGACUCAAAUCAAAUGUAAAACAGGUUUAGGUUUUUCUUUGAAGAAUCUUUUUUGUGCUCAAUCCGUAAAAAACAGGAGGAGCUGAAAGUGUCGAAAGCGGAUCUUGCGACUAAGGAUAAGAAGGAAGAGGCAAAAUUCUAUGAGAAUCGUGAACGAUGUGCUGACCAAAGGGCUGCUGUCCGGGAAGCGUUAAGAAAUGCGGAAGACACGCAGCAGAGCAAAAAUGAUCCGGGUUUAAUCAUCGGAUUAAGAGACGCCAUUGCGGUGUCAGAAAAACCUAGAAGUCUGAGUCCCAUGAAAAAAACAGAGAAAAAGGCCGACACUGCAACAAGCCCGACAUCGAAAAGUGCACCUGUCAAAGUUAAGGCCUUGGCUUGUAGAUUUACUUCACUGAGUAUUUGAAUUUACUUGGGUUUUUGUCUCUAAAAUGGUUCCUUUUCUGCCUGUCGAACACACACAUGUGCUGUAGAACCACAGCUCUAAUAAAGAGGGCGAUCACGAAGCGACCGCAAUGACUACUGGUUCAACGGUGAUGGCGAAAGCAGCAUCGGACGUCGCUACAUCCACUGUCAGUGCUGGCAAGAAGAAUUAUGACAGAAAAAAGUAGAUCAUCUUCAGCUUACAUGUCUCAUAAUUCUGAGUUAUCGUCAGGGAAAUCUUAGGCAGAUAGCCGAGUCGAUUCGUAUCAUCAUCGUGAACUACAAAAAGGUUCGCCUUGUUCCAACAAGGGCACGAAGUUGCUCGCUGGGAAAUUCAAUGACUGCAGGUUCCAACAAGGCUUUUGAUUGUAAAAAUCGAUCUAUUUCUUGUUUCAUGAACAGCCAGGCAAGAGUUCGCUGAAGAAGAGCAAGAAGCCUCUGUGGGCGAUGUCGGAGGCGGAGAAGGAGCAAAGCGAGGAAAAGGAGCUAGCGGAAUUAGUAGACUUUGCCCACAACCUGAACUUUGAGGAGUACGUCGAGGAUUUGGAGUUCCGACAGGCCUUGAGCGUUCUCAAGGGACGGGCGCACGAUCUGAUUGCCCGCACCGAAGCCAAGUUUAAGCGAGAAAUGGCGGAGAAGAAGGAGGACUUGAUCACGGAAGUGACCGCAGAGAACCUGAGCGAACUCGAGGACAGGUCAGGAGGAAACAAGGUAAAAGUAGACGUGGUUAGCGGCGUCUCGCAAAGCGUCAGUCAGCGUGGAGCGAGACCUUUACCGGCAGAAGAAGACGAAGCUAGCAGUUAUGAGCAGCUUGGUUCUUGUCAUGUUGAUAAAUUAUACAUAGUAGGUUCGGGGGCUUUAUACUAGCAGGUUUCAUGGUGCUGACAAGCUCCAGUGUUUCCGAAAGCAAGCCACUAACACUGGAGAGAGCUACAACAGAACCUCAAUAGAACCUCCAUGAUACACUUCAUCACCACUUUCAAUGACGCUCAAGGCACUAAUAAGAUCAUUAACCGGCUCAUAUCCCUCGUCCUAUUUUUUCCUUCACUCUUCCACCCUUUUUCUCAUCUCCCGCUCUCUAAUCCAUCUACUAUUCAACGGAGAAGAGUUCAGAGGAAACAGCUAGCAGCGUGUCAAGUUUGAGCAGCUAUCACGAGUUGCGGCGAAAGAAGGCAGAGCUCAUCAAGCAAGCACAAGAGCUAGAAGCUGCGGAGCGUGAACUUGCCGCACAUGACAAUUAUGAGAAACAUUUCAUCCUGUAAAAAAUUUCGAAGUCAUGAAAGAACACAAAGCUCCUGUAUAACGGAAUUGCUGCUAUUAGUAUAGGAAUUGCUAUGUCCUCUUCGUUAAGAAUGAAUCUUCAAGCCUGCUACCCAAAGACUUCUGAUUCCCUGCUUCUACCCGUAUCGAUCCCACCCGUACCGAUCCCAAAGAAGACGAGGAAUCCAUUUUCAUAUUUUAGACGACGAUGCCGUUUCCGCAGUUUCUUCUUCGCGUGAACAGGCGAAGGCCAUUUUGAAGAAGGAGCCUGAAAUCCGAGCUGUGCACAGUAAGGAAUCGCUAGCGCGCAUCCUGGAGAAAGCAGAGGCACUGGCGAAGGGAUUAGAGGAGAUGUCAAAGAUGCCAGCGAAUCGACAACCUCUGAUUGUGGUAAGCGACGACCACCACCCAGUCGGGAAGGACCUCCUAGACCCGAAGUCCUUAGCUUAUCUAUAUCGCAGUCCAGCGAUCUAGAUUGGAGGAGGAAGUAGUACUUUGGUUUACUUAUAUGAGGAUCUUCAUCUAAGUUAUCACCUCUUUAAGUGAGUGCUAGGAAUUAGUACUCUGGGUUCUUGAAGAUGGUAUUCUCAGUCGCUCUGGGUUCGACUUCGUUGUUGAAGAUAACACAAAUAGGAUGAAGAUUCGCUAAUUUAGGAUUAGACGCUUUUGACGAGAACAUCAACAUGGCUUAGUAUGUGAUUGAAUUUCUCUGCUCUGCACGAUUCAAGACGUUGUCGUCUCGGCACGUGCUUGACAAAAUUAACAUCUCUAUCUAGAGCAACUCAGCUCCUAGAUACGAGGUAAGAACUACACUUCUGUCUAGUAUUCCUAGUAUGAUUCUAGUCUGAAUCAUUGUUGAAAUUAGGUAGAUGAAGACAUUUUGGUACUACAGAAACGCCACGUGAAGAUUUUUCGCAGAUGUCGUGGCUCUGCAGUUUUCUCGAUUCACAUAGCAUGUUGAAAAGCUUCUUACACGCAAAAACAGUAUAUUUUCGCAGUCAAUACUAGCUAGAACUACCACAUAAUGUGCUUGCGAUAUAAGCGAUUUCAUUGCGAAAGCGAAUGGGAGGAUGAUACUCAAAUCUUGAGACUCGAGUUUAUCAAUUUUAUGGAUUUACAGAUGUAGCAGCUUCUUAAAAAUCUUACGAUAUUGGUUUCUGUUUCUUACAUGUUGCAGAGGGUGUGGAUCGGUGACAGAUGGUACGUCUUCUUUUUAGGUACUAGAUCACGACGUCAUGAAGAGAACUGAGAAAAAAAAGAGAUGAAGAUCGAUCCUUGGAUUCCGAUGUGGUGCCAGUGAAAAUUGUACAGCCAUCGUUGAAACGUGGCUAGAUGCGUGGCUGCGUUGGAGACUCAUGAAUGAAUGAAUGUGGAUGGGGUGUGCCAUCAAUGCAGCCUUCACAGAUGCGGCAACGAAACG